GAACUUGCCAAAAUGCUAGGAGUCCACAGGAACACGCUGCGACUCUAUAUGAAACACCACGGUGUUGAAAGAAAGUACUCCGAUCUUACCAAUACUGAUCUUGAUCUCCUCAUCAAGGAGUUCAAGAAAAAGCGACCCGAUUCAGGUAUCCGGUACAUUGUUGGGUAUCUUCGCAGACAUGGUCUCCGGGUGCAACAUCGA